CACCAGUAUCCGACCAAGCAUGGGGAGCUCUUGGCCCGGUGCCAAAACCCCAACUGACCCUCACCUGUACCAGUGCCAGCCAUCACCAAACUCUUGCAGGUCAUUUGAGAGCGGAUACAGUAGCCAGGAUGGCAGUGGAAGUGAGGGCCACCAGCUCAGCCGGGACCCUGAAAAGAAGCCAACCAGCCAACAGAGGUCAUCUUCCUUCUCCCACAUGCUCAAUUCUAGAGCUCCUCCCCCACCCCCAGAAAUAGCAGCCCCCUUGCCAAUGCCACAGCAGAGGUCAUCUUCAUUCUCAGCACCGUCCACCCUAGCUGCUUCAGGUACUACACUUCAGGGAGAUCCGUCCAAAAAAAGUGCUGGGGUAGAAAGGGAGGUUUCUGGUGGUAUGGCCAAACCCACUGGGGACUCUCAGCUCUGGUACCAUGGGAGCCCCAAAUCCUACAUUUCAAGUUCAGUACCUGCCCCGUUGCCAACCAGCAUUGACUAUCAGCCCUCUGGUGCUGCUUACCCUAAGUCCAUCGACCACUUAGUCCCUCAUGGUCAGACUCCGCAGUCCAAUUGCAAGGACUCUGGCACAAAUCCCAAGCUGGGUUUCCCCAACCUGUCUUCAGGGCCAGUGUCUGAUGCUCCUGGGCCUGCUUUUAGAGAGGGGCCCAAUAGCUCGAUUGCUGAUAGUAGCAAGGGGAGUGUCCAUCCAGAGAACUCCGGCUCCUCCAAAGUAAAAUUACCCUGUCAGACCCUCCUUCCACUCCCAGAGCAAGGCUUGUCUGCAGUUGAAUUAAAAUUAGAAGCACUCACCCAGCGCCUGGAGCAGGACAUGGCCAUUCAUCCAAAGGCUGAUUAUUUUGGAGCAUGUGUGAAAUGCAAUAAGGGCGUCUUUGGAGCCAAUCAAGCCUGCCAAGCAAUGGGAAACCUCUACCACGACAGCUGCUUCACCUGUGGGGCCUGCAGUCGGAAGCUGAGGGGGAAAGCCUUUUAUUUUGUCAAUGGCAAGGUAUUCUGUGAAGAAGACUUCCUGUAUUCUGGUUUCCAGCAAUCUGCCGAUAGGUGUUUUGUAUGUGGACACUUGAUAAUGGAUAUGAUCCUUCAGGCUUUAGGAAAGUCGUAUCACCCGGGCUGUUUCCGCUGUGUGAUCUGUAACGAGUGUCUGGAUGGGGUGCCGUUCACGGUAGACACGGAGAACAAGAUCUACUGUGUCCGAGAUUACCACAAGGUAUUGGCUCCCAAGUGUGCUGCAUGUGGACUCCCUAUUCUUCCAUCUGAGGGCUCUGACGAAACUAUCCGUGUUGUGUCAAUGGAUAAAGAUUACCACGUGGAGUGUUAUCACUGUGAGGACUGUGGACUGGAACUCAAUGAUGAAGAUGGCCACCGGUGCUACCCUCUGGAAGACCACUUGCUCUGCCACGCCUGCCAUCUGAAGCACAUUGAGAAGGGGGCCACCUCUGCAGCCGUCCACCAGCAUCCCUACUAGUCCAACUUGGGACCAGCAGCAGGGAAUGUCUAAUCAAUGAAUCAUAAUUUCAGUUUCAGAGACUGAGGUGUGUUUGGGUUUGGGGGAGGUGGAAGGGUGAUAAAGGAAAAGGAUGCGUG